AUGUCUACAUCAACUACAUCAUCCUUGUCCGAUAACGAGAAGCUUAUGAUUGCAGUUCUCAGUCAGUCGGCCCACGGCAACCAAAUUCUUGUCAUCAACUACAGGGAUUUAGCUAAGUCUCUGGGACUUCCCUCAGCUCGUUCUGCUCGAGAUCGUUGGACUCGUUUGACUACGAAGAUUCGAACAGGUACAUUUACAUUUGAAGAUCUGUCGAUCACUACAAGGGGAGGAGCUGGUAAUAAGAAUCCAAAGCGCACAAAGAUGGAGGAGGAAGUCGACGUCAACAAUGGCGGUUUGGAUGAAUCGGCUUCUCCUGCCAAGAAGGCGAAGUCUGGUACCAAAGGCAGCACUGAAGGAUAUUCAUCUGAGGGAGGUAUUGAUGAAGCUGUUAAUACACAUGGCGAGGACAAGAUGUUUAUGAAUACAGGACCCGUACAUAACGCCAUGGCAAGGAAUGACGAUACCAAGCUUCUUCUCGCUAUAUUUCACCAAUGGAAACCUUUCAGAAUAGAUAUGAGCAAGCUAGGGGAAGAUCUCAACAUUAGAGCCGGAGCUGCAUCCAUGCGCUGGGUACGAUUCAAAGCAAGGGUGAAUGCCGGUACUGCACCUGCACCCACCGAUCGAGAGCUUUUCAUUGCUGUUCUGCGUCAAUUCGAGCGCCUACCUAGAUUAGAUAUGAAUCGGCUUGGUGCGGAACUUGGCAUUAACUCGAGAGCGGCUGCGAUGCGAUGGGCUAUAUUCAAAGCGAGGUUUGGGAUACGAAAUCGAGUUCAAACGGCAGUUGAUCAAGCCCUGUUGGGAGAAGCAACGAAGGCUGGAUCUGUUAAUGGUGUGCCAGGCAACGACACUGAAACAUCUAAACAAACAGUGGUCGAUCAAUGGCCAUUGGCAGAAACAUCGAAGGUUGGGACUGAUAAUAGUGGUUCGGAUAGCGACACCGAGACAUCUAAACAACCAACAAACGGGGGAAAAAAUAAGACGCCCUGGCAAUAUACUGGAUGGCUGUCACCACCAUCACAAAUCAUAAAACUACAAAAGAUCUACAACAAUGCCUCCAAAAGCCAACCCUACCGAGAAAGCGACGACGAAAAACUCCUCAUCGCUGUGCUGAGCCAGUGGGAUCCUCUCCCUGCAGUCGACAAUGGAAAACUCGGCGCAACUCUUGGAAUCAAACCUGGAACAGCUGCUGAGGAGAUGAAAGUUGAAGAAGCAAUAACGGCAGUCGAUAAUGCAGCUCAGCACACUAUAGUGGAAGGGAAUUCGAGUGUUGGACAGGCAGCAGCGGUAAUCAACAAACCUGCCAAGAAGGGGAAGAAACGAGGUCGGAAGCCGCUAUCCGUGAAGGAGGAAUUAGAUGAGCCAUGUGCACAGCGCAAGAAAAUCAAUAAAUCGAUCACCAUGUCGUUGAAUGCAACUACUUCGAAACCGGGUCCGAGCAGAGGGAGUAAAGCAAACAAAGACAAGGGAGGAUUUGAUGGGGACGAGGCUGUCAAGCAGGAGCAUAGUGGUCCAUUCGAGGAUGGCAUUGAAUGGCUACAGUUGGGAGAACAGGGAGAUGGACUUCAUGGGUUACAAUUUUCAGGAGACAAGGCUUAA